AGAGGCGCGAGGGCGGUGUCGUGCCGGGGGUCCGGAGCGCGUGCGGGGUCCGGGACACAGCUCAGCUCAGCUCACUUCACUUUCCGCCUUGUGUGGAGAAAGUUCACCUCUGUAAAGAGCUCUGAUUUCCAUCUGCCACAGCUAUGCAGUUGCAGGAGUGGUUGCGUUCCUUUUGUCUCAGCAGUGGUGAUUUUGGGAGCACUGAAGUAGCAGAUCUCAGGAGUCUGCUUCCUGCCCUGGCGCUCUCUCCUCCUUCUCUCCUCGGGCUCGGAGCCGUGGCCUCGCUCACGGCAUACUGGCUGGUGACCCGACCUCGCUCCAUCCGGCCUCCAUGUGACCUGAAGGCUCAGUCCAUACCUGUGCAGGGAGAUGCCAGUUGCAGACGGUCCGCCUUGCUGAAGGAUGAUAAUCUACUAGACUUCUACUAUGAAGAUACGAAGACAGUGUAUGACAUGUUUCAGAGAGGCCUGAGAAUCGCAGGUGAUGGGCCGUGCCUUGGCUUUAGGAAACCGGGAAAGCCGUACCAGUGGAUCUCCUACACUGAGGUCGCAGAAAGGGCACAGGUGCUGGGCUCCGGUCUGCUGGCCAAAGGAUGCAAGCCUACUCCUAAACAGUUCGUCGGCAUCUUUGCCCAGAACAGGCCAGAGUGGGUUAUUACAGAGUUGGCCUGCUACACCUUCUCCAUGGCGUUAGUGCCUCUGUAUGACACGCUGGGCCUGGAGGCCAUGGUGCACAUCCUCAACCUGGCGGAGAUCUCUCUGGUGGUCUGUGAUAAGGAGGAGAAGGCUGAGUCUCUGUUGGUGAAUAAGGAGAAUGGAGUGACUCCUACUCUGUCCUGCCUGGUGCUCUUUAACCCUGUGAGCACCGCCCUGGUGGAGAGAGGGAGGAACUGUGGUGUGGAGAUUUUGCAGCUUGAACAGCUCAUGGAUGUGGGCAGGGACAAUCUCCAGGCUCCAGUCCCUCCUCAGCCUCAGGACCUGGCUGUGGUGUGUUUCACCAGUGGAACUACAGGAAAGCCAAAAGGAGCCAUGAUCACGCAUGGCAACAUCACCUCCAAUGCCUCCUCAGUCAUUAAGAUUCUGGAGGGCUUUUUUGAGAUUCGCCAGGAGGAUGUGUCGAUCUCAUACCUGCCCCUCGCUCACAUGUUUGAACGCAUGAUUCAGGUGUCUAUGUUCUGUCAUGGAGCAAGAGUGGGCUUCUAUCAGGGGGACAUCUCACUGCUCAUGGACGACAUUAAAACUCUGAAGCCCACCUUCUUCCCUGUGGUGCCCCGCCUACUCAACCGCAUCUACGAUAAGAUCCAGGGUUCGGUGACAUCCGUGUUGAGGAGGGCCAUCCUACACUACGCUGUGAGGAGGAAACAGGCCGAGCUGAGCAGUGGAAUCGUCCGGAAUGACAGUGUGUGGGACAGACUGGUCUUCAGCAAGAUACAGGCCAGUCUGGGAGGAAACCUGCGCUUCAUCCUGACGGCUUCGGCUCCCAUCUCGCCCACAGUGCUGUCCUUCCUCCGAGCUGCCCUCGGCUGCCUGAUAUUCGAGGGCUACGGUCAGACUGAGUGCACGGCUGGGUGUACAUUCUCUAUGCCUGGAGACUGGAGUGCAGGCCACGUUGGUGCUCCUCUUCCUUGCUCCAUGGUGAAACUGACUGACAUUCCAGACAUGAACUAUUAUGCCAAGAGUGGACAGGGAGAGAUCUGUAUCCGGGGACCCAGUGUAUUUCAGGGUUACCUGAGGGACAAGGAGAGGACGGCCGAGGCUCUGGACAGUGAUGGCUGGCUGCACACGGGGGAUGUGGGACAGUGGCUGCCGAACGGGACUCUUCGCAUCAUCGACAGAAAGAAGAAUAUCUUUAAACUGUCUCAGGGAGAAUACAUCGCUCCAGAGAAGAUUGAGAAUGUCUACAUGCGCUGUGUACCUGUGCUGCAGGUGUUUGUGCAUGGAGACAGUCUACAGUCUUAUUUGAUAGGUAUCGUGGUCCCAGACCCAGAAGUGUUUGUGAACUGGGCCAAAGAGAGAGGAAUUGUGGGAUCGUAUGAAGAGCUCUGUCAGAAUCCUGACGUGAAGAAAGCCGUGCUGGAGGACAUGACUGCAGUGGGGAAGGAAGGAGGACUGAAGUCUUUUGAGCAGGUGAAGGAUUUGUAUCUGCACCCUGAGAUGUUCAGCAUCAGUAAUGGCCUCCUCACUCCCACCCUGAAAAGCAAACGAGUGGACCUGCGCCGCGUCUUCAGCGAGCAGAUCACACACAUGUACAGCAAAUCAGCCAUGUAGAGACUCAGGACAGGCUUCUGAAUUUUGUUAUUAACAGUUUUAGCUAACUGUAGAAUCCUUGCUGAACUGGAAAUGCUCUACUGAUCAUAAGCUAGAUAAUGCACAGGACACACGCCAGGGAUGCACACAGUCAAUAAACACUGCUGCGAUCAAACUUCUGACGUUUAUAACUAAUUGUGUAUAUAACAGAUCACAAAGAACAGGUGAGGAAGCAACAAAGCUUGUUUGAAGGAUAAACAGCGUAGGGAUUCUAACUGCUUUUAACCCAUGUGUGACUUUUUUUCAUAUUUACAAUCAUGCACCAAUUCCUCAGGUCACUUUGACCAUUGACUCUGACCAAACGCUCAUCUUUUGGCCUGCUGGAAAUCAGUAGAGCGUAAAGACUCAGACGCUAUUUCAUUCAUCCGUCCGCUACAAGAAGAAAAAGAUGACGUCCAUUUCCUGCUGCUGUAAUGGAUCAUGUUUGUUAAAUAGUUCUUAAUUGCUAAUAGCUCUUGAUCACAUUCUGUGUUUUUUAGUUAAAAGCAGAGAGGUCGCACGUUCAUGGCUUAAUCUGUGGAACGUGCGAUAUGGACAAUGGUAAUUUCUCACAUUAGGAACAUAAACGUAAUUUAUGCAGUGUGUAUUAUAAAACAAACAUGUGAACUGUAAAUGUGGACAUUUUUUGAGCUGUACAUAUUGAGAAUUAAACCUUCAGAUUAUGAAAUAUUCCACUAAUUCCAACCAGGGUAGAGAUGUACUGUAUUUUAUAUUGUCUCUUAUGAAGCAGAUGAAUAAAGAUAAUACAUUUUAA